GACACUGUGCGAUCACUCAUCAUUUUGUAUCUCAAAGCCUGCAGUGUAGUUCCUAUCACAUUUUUCUUUUUGCUUCUCCAGCAGCUGCUCUGUAUGUCUAAAACAGCUGACUGAACUGUUUCUAGCAUAAUUUUCUUUAUUGCAAGUCUCUUCUCUUGGUCAUGGAUGAUUUUGUUUGUGACAAACUAAAUGAGUGGCGCCUGAGUGAGUUGAUAGACACAUUUAAAGAUGAAGGCAUUGACUCUGAAAGUCUUUAUGAGCUCAAGGAUGAACACAUUGAUAAGUUGAUUCCAAAAAUGGGACCGAACUUAAAAUUCAAAAGGAGACUCAACCUGUUGAAGAAGGAACAAAACACAAAUCAGAGAAUGCAUCAUGUUCCACCACAGGGUCAACAGGAGGGUGAAGAAGCUACUGGUAUGACUGAGGUUCUCCCAACUACAAGUGAUACAGGAAAGAGAAAACUUGACCCACUGUGCGAGUCUAGCAAAGGACAACCAGCAGUGAAAAGGAAGCGUGAUACAAAUUCUGUCAAAGAAACAAGGAUAUUACAUUCUGUGAAAAGCACAAUGGGAAAUGUUCUUGCCAAACUAAACAAUCAAGAAGACACAAAUCUCAAUAUGUUCUUGAAGACUAAAAUAAAGAAUCUGGAGAUAGAAAAGAAGGAGCUGGUUGGUGUCUUUGGUAAAACUGGAGCUGGGAAGACAUCUUUGAUAAAUGCUGUAAUUGGAGAGAAGAAUCUUUUGCCGUCUGGAAGGGGUAAAGCCUGCACCUCAGCCAUGAUUAAAGUUGAGGCUAACAAGCGCAAUGAAAAAUAUGAAGCAGAAAUUGAAUUCAUUUCACCAGAGGAGUGGGAAGAUGAGUUGGGCUCACUGCUUCAUACAAUUGAACAAGUAAUUCCAGAAAGUCACAACAAUGAUGAGUGUGAUAUAGAUGAUACUGACGCUAGAGACAAGCUGACAGCUGUUUACGGAGAGGAAUGGACAGAAAAAUCUUGUGAACAACUCAUGGAGCCCAAGUACUUCAGAGAAAUUCCUGAAUUUCUUUCAUCAACACAGAAAAGUUUGCCUUCUAAAUCAGCUAAGGACCUAUCUGAGUCUAUUAUGAAGUACACUAGAAAUGGCACCAAAGACAAACAGAAAGAAAAGGGAUGGUAUUGGCCAAUUGUGAAGAGUGUGACUGUCCGGGUACCAAAUAAUAACUUGCUUCAGCAUGUCACACUGGUGGACCUUCCUGGAAAUGGAGACCGAAAUAAGAGCAGAGACACAAUGUGGAAAGAGAUUGUUGGAAACUGCUCUGCAGUCUGGGUUGUCACUGAAAUGAACCGACCAGUAGCAGAAAAAGAACCCUGGGAGAUUCUGAGAGAAAUUAGCAGCCAGCUUGGAAACGGGGGAGAGUGUCGACACAUUCACUUUAUCUGCACCAAGUCUGAUGACAUGGAUGAUUUACAUGAAUACAAUAAAGCUGAUGCUCAGGACUUGAUACUCAAAACAAACCAGGAAACCAAAGCAAUUGUGAACGAAGAAUUGAACAAAGAGACCAAGCUUAAGAAACACUUCAGUGAUGAAUGUUUACAAGUGUUCACAGUGAGCUCAAAAGACUUUUUCAGAGGGGAAUAUCUAAGUCCAGAAAACACUGAAAUACCCAGGCUGCAGGAAUUUUUGCAAAAUCUCAAUGACUGUCAAUCUGAGACAUCAAACUAUGUGUCUGGAGCUCAUGGCAUCCUCUCUUUGAUUCAUGGGGCCAACUCAAGAAGAGAUGAUGGCGGAAAUGAGGAUGUGUGUGUAACCCUUGAAAAUAAUUUAAGUUUUCAAAUUGAAUCAAUAAAACAUGAAAUGAACUAUAUCAAAGCACAAUUUGAAAAAUGCCUUCAAGAAGGAGUUGAGAGAUCCAAAAGCUCAUGCGAAGACAUCUUGGAAUCUGCCCUAAAUCCCAAGAGAAAGAGUGGUUGUCGGGGUUUUCAUAAACAACUGAAAAAAGCUGUAGAAAAUGGCGGCAUCUGCAAACCUAAAAAGGGGAAAGAAAUCAACCUCAACAUGAAAUUAACUUCCUCUCUGACUGACAGCAUUGAUGAGGAAUUCAGAAACACUUUUCCAAAUGAAGGAAAAUCUGGUCCAUUCAAAGGAGUGAUAAAUAAGUUCACACUUGACACUGAAGGACUAAAACAGAAGUACGAAGAAUUGGAGCUGCAGCUGGUAUUUCUCAAGUCAGAGGAAGACCGUCUUAAGACAGACAUGAGAAAAGAUAUUCGGAAGCAGAAAAAAAUUGUCUACAGGAGUCUAACAAAAACAGUUGAGGAAGCCAUGCAAAACUGCUACAAAAAAGCAGCAGUUUUUACAGGAGAAGGUACACUGCAGAACAUGCGGGACACUAUAGGGGAACAUGUACAUGCAUCAAAGAACACCAUGUUUGAAGAUGCUAAAAACAACAUGAUGAAACUACUGCAAGAUUUGAUGGAGGAAGUCCUGGGAAGACUGGAGAAAACCAUGAAAGAAUCUAUUGAGCUCUCACUCAGGACUGAUGAGCACUCACUUCUAGAUGUUUCCUCAGAGCUUAAGAAGGUCCAAAAACUCUACAAUGAGCUACGGAAAAGCAGUUAAGACGGAACAUUUUUGAGCUGUGCUUAAUGCAUCUACAUCCUUAAACAUGAGAAACUUCAGGAAAACAAUUUAAAUGAUGUAAUCAUAAUUUGCUACUAUGUUAUAUCAUGUUGUCUGGAUUAUUGUCAUUUUUUCAAGCCUAUUCUUCCUUUUUUUUCUUUGUUCAUUGGAAAUUUAGAAAAUGAUAAUAGAAGUGCAAAUCAGUCAAGUUUAAUCCAAAAGUGUCUUUACUCAGGACUAUAUGCAGAACUAUAGGAAAAAGACGAGACAUUGCAUUUUUUGAUAUUUUUCUUUGUGCUUUAGUAAAAUGUGAGCAAAUAUUGCUGAUUUUAUGUAGAUGUUGACCUAAAUAUAAUAUUAUUUUCUUAUACUAAAAGUUGUUUACACAAAGCCUUAGCAUUUCUUGAAGAAAGCCUCCUAAAGCUCUUUUUCACCCCCAUUUGGUAAUCUCUCUACUCCUAGCGGACUUUAGGAUAGAUUUUAAGGUCCUGCUGUUUGCUUUCCAGACCAUCAGCGGCCUUCCUCCGGCCUACUUGACUCGACUUUUAACAGUUCACCCCACAACAGGGCCUUGCACUCAUCUGAGCAUGUAACUCUAUAAGUCCCAAAGACCAGAUAGCAAAAACGGGGGAAUGGUAGCUUUGCUGUUUUUGCUCCCACGCUCCAGGAGCUCCUUGCCAACUGCGUUCCACUGAGCAAUGAGUUUUUAAAUCACAUCUAAAAACUCGGCUGUUUAGAUGGCCGUUUGAUGCAUCGUUAUUGUUUAGGUGUAGUUCAUGUGACACUUAUCUGGAUGUGUUCCAGAUAAUAUAUUUUCAUUUUUAUAUUCACUUAUAUUACUUUUUAAAGUCUUGUUAUAUCGUUUUUAGUCUUUUAAUAGUGAUACGAUGUAUUUUAUUAUCUCGUUUUCUUUUCUGUUUCAACUUGUUGUAUUACUCCAGAUAUGAGCACUGACAGAAUUGUUGGAAAAAUGUGAUAAAAAUCAACAUUGAUUGUACCAAAUAUUUCAAAUGCAAUGAUCAAUUAAAGGGAAUUUUCAAAAGAAAGGGUUAACCUUUUCUCUGAUAUUUGAGGUUACAUGCAAAAUGCAAAUGGUUAUAAAAAAAGUGAUUAUGUUUUCCUUGCUUCUAAAGAAAACUACUCACUUUCUAAUUAUACUUUCUAUACAUCUGUAAACCUAGUACAUGUGUGUGCUUUGGUAUCCUGUAAUGUAACUCUAUAUAAUAAUCAAAAUGAUAUAAAUUUAUAUGUCAAAUUGUUGUUUUUUUUACUUGGUGUUGGCAAUUUUCCAAAGUUUAUUAGAUGUGGUGUCAUUGUGAAAUUAGAAACUAAGUUUGUAGUUACCCUUUCUUCUGUCGAGAAAUAUAUAUAUCAACAAAAAAGUCAAAUGUGAUACAUUAGGAUUUCUUUUUCUUUUUUGCCUGUUUUAUUUGUUGAAAAAAAUAAGAUAAUACCACUUAUUACACUUCAGGUAAUACGUGUUUUAGAAUAAGGAUGUCUUUUUUUUUGUUUUUUAGACAUUUACAGCUAUUAGGAUCAUCCUAAACAAUCCUGAUUUGUGCUGCAGCUGGUUGCAAAAAGGAACAUUAUAUUGAAUAAAGAAAACUGCAUUAAUUACAAAGCAGGUACUGGUAAAUAUUGUUUUAAAUGCAUAUCUUGUAAAACUUCACAUUUUGUUACUUCACAAAAACCAAUAUGUAAUACGAUUUAUUUGGAUUUGUGUGAUUCAGCAAUGCAAAGCAUAGUUUUUUUUUCACUAAUAAAAUUGA